CCCCCAACAUCCCUAACCAAAAGGUAGGACUGGAAAGUUCAGCAUUAUAAGCAGUGGAUAAGAGAGACCAGCCCUAGGGUGUGUUCUAUUCUGAGGUCCCAGUGACGGGCAGGAAGGACAAUGGGAGACAGCUAAAUACUCUGGUGCAUUCUACUUCCCAGCACUCUGAGCCUCUGCGGAACAUCUCCCUCAGCACAGGAAGAGUUAUGGGCAUCCUUUCAAGCACACUCUUCUCAUUAACCUGUGGGGAAUCUACAUUGCCAAGAUGCCGGAUCAAGUCAAAAGUCGAAGAUCUCUGCCUCCCGUAAGCUCAUGCUAAAGAGCUUAAUGGUGGCCAAGGCGAAGGAGGAGAUCGAGCAGGAGACAGUGGAUAAAGAGGAGGAGAAGGAGAGGUAUCUGGCUGAGAAAGCUCCUCCCUUGCAGACUGGUGGCAUGUCGUUUGCUGAGCUCCAGGAGUUAUGUCAGGAGUUACAUGCUAAGGUUGAUGUGGUGGAUGAGGAGCGAUACGACAUUGAAGUCAAAGUCAUGCACAACACCAGAGAGAUCAAGGACCUGAACAUCAAGGUUCUGGACCUGAGGGGGAAGUUCAAGCGGCCCAACUUGAGGAGGGUGAGGGUCUCUGCUGAUGCCAUCCUGCGCUCCCUUCUGGGCUCCAAACACAAGGUCUCCAUGGACCUCCGGACAAACCUGAAGUCAGUUAAGAAGGAGGACACAGAGAAGGAGAAGACAGUAGAGGUCAGUGACUGGAGGAAGAAUGUGGAGGCCAUGUCUGGCAUGGAGGGCAGAAAGAAGAUGUUUGACGCAGCCAAAGGCACCGCUCCAUAGACACAGAAGAGAAUACUAAACAUUGGGUUACCUUCAGUUUCGUGUUUCUUUCAUUUUUAUUAGUCCCGGACAUUCAACAUGUACGAAUGGUUGUCCUUUUUAUCUCUUGUGAGUGUAUCUACUUUGUCUUUCAGUGCCACUAAUACAAUUGUUUUAUUCUUUGUUCAGCAUGGUUAAUACAGCACAAGCUGUAGGCUAAUCACAAUUUUAUGUUAUUUUGUUAUGGGUGAAAAAGGGCAUGAAGACAAUUUCUGCUCCUUACUGAUAAUAUUGGCCUGAGAAUAAAUUAUAAAGUAAGGUAAGCCAGCUUUACUUUAAAGCUGAAGAUGCUUUAGAUGUUUUGCUUGCUGUACAUUCAUCGUGGCAUAUCCUUCUACUACAAUAAAAAUAUGAUUAUUUAUGCAAAUGUAUUAUUUAGUUCAUCCGACUAUUGUUGUUAGUGUUCAACACCAAAUGAUAACUGUAAAGUAUCUACUAGAGUGCAUACCAUUCACACAACUACACUCUCCUGAUGGUGUCCUUAUGAAAGUAACAACCAGAUCAGAUAGAAAACAUUCUUGGGAACCUGUGGGUAAAUUACGAUUGUCGUGAAAUGACUGACGUAAAAACAUAUGUCUAAAUAUUUCAAAACCUUACUCCAAUCAGAAAGCAAUACUGUAGGACAUUAUACAUACAUUAUACAUACAUUAUACAUAUAUUAUACAUACAUGAACAAACAUGGACUUUGAGACAUGGACUCAAACAUUGUCACGCCUUGGUCUUAGUAUUUUGUGUUUUCGUUAAUUAGUUGGUCAGGCCAGGGUGUGACAUGGGUUUAUGUUGUUGUAUUUCAUAGUGGGGUUUUUUGUAGUAUUUGGGAUUGCGGCUGAGUAGGGGUGUUGUAUAGGCUUGGCUGCCUGAGGCGGUUCUCAAUCAGAGUCAGGUGAUUCUCGUUGUCUCUGAUUGGGAACCGUAUUUAGGUAGCCAGGGUUUCACUUUGUAUUUCGUGGGUGAUUGUUCCUGUCUCUGUGUAGUGUUCACCAGAUAGGCUGUAAUAGGUUUCACGUUCCGUUUUGUUGUUUUUUGUAUUUAUAAGUUAUUUCGUGUAUCGUCAUUUGUUCCAUUAAAGAACAUGAGUAACCAA